AUGAUCGCAGAAACUUCACAGACUGAAGAAAAAGAAUUACGCGGGGAUAGGACAAGGCGGCUGAAAUCGCUAAAUUAUCGCGAUUACGCGCUUAUACAAGAAGUUUUAAUGGCAGUAAAGAUUCAAUCUUUCGAUUCUGUUCUUGAUUGGAAUCUAACGAAUAGUGUUAAAGCUUUUCUUCCCAAUUUGGAAGAUCUCAUGAGUGAAGAAUGUUUUGAAUAUAUUGGAGAACAAAUUCAAACAGCCGGUUCAAAGCUUCAAACAAAAUUCAAUUCAUUGAAUAACAACAUAACACAAAUCUGUGAUGUUCUUAUGUCUCUGAAUGAAUCUGAUUCUGAAAACCUCGAAGUUUGUUUACCAACUGAUGAAGAUUUCAAUGCUGCACUUGUUGGUGAUCAAGAAAUCAUUACCCCAGUUAUAAACCGCGAGUUCACAGAUUUCUUGUUUUGGCUUCUUGAUGAUCAAAUUAAUGAAGCUCAGCAUAAUCUUGUCUUUGAAGAUGGUAUGGUUGAAGACAAGGAUGUCUCUGAAGAUUAUAAGGUUGAAGAAGACAAGGAUGUCUCGAAAUAUGAUCAUGUCUCUGAAGAUUAUAAGGUUGAAGUAGACAAGGAUGUCUCGAAAUAUGAUCAUGUCUCUGGAGAUUAUAAGGUUGAAGAAGACAAGGAUGAAUCUAAAUAUGAUCAUGCCUCUGUAGAUUAUAAGGUUGAAGAAGACAAGGAUGAAUCUAAAUAUGAUCAUGUCUCUGAAGUUUAUAAGGUUGAAGAAGACAAGGAUGAAUCUAAAUAUGAUCAUGUAUCUGAAGAUUAUAAGGUUGAAGAAGACAAGGAUGUCUCUAAAUAUGAUCAUGUCUCUGAAGAUUAUAAGGUUGAAGAAGACAAGGAUGAAUCUAAAUAUGAUACUGAGGAAUCUGAAUAUGAUACUGCUGAACUUUCAUUUGAUUUUGAUAAAUCUGAGUAUGAAGCUCCAAUUGAUGAUGAAGAUGAAGACGAUUUGAGUUGGCCGUGGAUUUCAGAUAGAAACAUGGCUAAUUUUCACGAUAAUUUUGAUGUUGAAUUUCGAAAUAAAAAACUGGCUAAUGAAUUCAAAUUUUUCGACGAGAAUUUGGUUUCUAAUGUUGAAUUUGCAGCAGAGAGAAACCUGGCUACUGAAUUAAAACUUCUCAACAAGAAUUGGAGUUCUAAUGUUCUGAAUAAUGAAUUCAAUUUUCCCGCUGAGAAUUGGAUUUCUAAUGUUCCGGAUAAUGAAUUAUAUUUUCUUAACGAGAAUAAUGAAUUAAAUAUUCUCGACGAGAAUGUUGUUUCUAAUGUUGAAUUUCAACAUAGAAAACUGGCUAAUGAAUUCAAUUCUCUCUACGAGAAAAACAUUUCUGAUGUUGAAUUUCAAGAUAGAAACCUCACUAAUGGAUUCAAUUUUCUCGACGACAAUUAUGUUUCUGAUGUUAAAUUUCCAGAUAGAAACCUGCCUAAUGAAUUCAAAUUUCUCGAUGAGGAUUGUGUCAUAGUGGAGGAAGAUGAUUACCAAAUCCUUAACUAG